UUCUCUGCUGUGGUAUCCCAGAGCAAGGGAUGGUUUUCACAUUUUAACAAAAUGAAGUUACUCGCUGCAACACUGCUUUUCAUCCUUUCGCUCCCACUGCAGUGUUCCUGCGCUGUGAGUUCCAUAGGCUGCGAUGCUACAGAGCCCGUGGCUAGGAAAGCGCUAGACCUGAUCAAUAAAGGACGGUGGGAUGGCUACCUUUUCCAGUUGCUGCGGGUCGCUGAUGCCCACUUGGACCAAGCGGAAUUCGGAGCUGUCUAUUAUUUAGUCUUGGAUGUGAAAGAAUCUGACUGUUCAGUCCUAUCCAGGAAGCACUGGGAUGACUGUGAGCCAGCUCUUUCUAGACGUCCCUCUGAUACAGUGAUUGGACAAUGUAAGGUAAUAGCUACAACACGUCUGCUUGGGUCUCCGAAUCUUAGAGUGAAGGACUUUAACUGCACCACAAGUUCUGUCUCUUCGGCACUGACCAAUACUAAAGACAGCCCAGUACUCUUGGAUUUCUUUGAGGAUACAGAGCUCUACAGAAAACAAGCUGAUAAAGCCCUGGAGAAGUACAAAAGGGAGAAUGGUGACUUUGCUUCUUUCAAAGUGGACAAAGUGAAGAGGGUUAUAAGAGCGAGAGGAGGGGAAAGGAUGGGUUACUACCUGGACUUCUCUGUGAGGAACUGCUCCAGUCACACCUUUCCCAGGCACUCUCGCGUCUUUGGAUUCUGCAGAGCAGAUUUGUUCUAUGAUGUAGAAGACUCUAAUUUGGAAACCCUGAAAGACAUUGUCAUAAACUGUGAAGUCUUCAACCUUGAGGAACACAGAAAUAUCAGUGAUGUGACGCAUCGUUUGGGCCAUCGCCUCCACUCUGGUGAACAUGAGCAUUCUCCUGCUGGCAGGCCUCCAUUUAAGCCUGAUGGAUCUAGAGAUCACCAUCAUCCCCAACACUCACAUAACUUUAGAUGCCCACCUCCUCUAGAAGACAAAAGUCACUUAAACAGUCCAACAUUGCAAGCAGGAGCUCCUCCACCAUUGCCCCCUCCAGGGUCAAAAGGCCUUCACCCUUGUUCUAUCACCAAGGGGGCCCGUGGGCCCCCUAAUAAUCAUAUUGCUGGUGAGCACCAUCCCCAUACACAUCAUCUUCACAGACAACAUCCCCAUGGACACCAUCCCCAUGGACACCAUCCCCAAGGACACCAUCCACAUGACCAUGAUUUCUAUCACCAUGGACCCUGUGACCCACCACCCCAUAGCCAAGGUCCCCAAGACCACCAUCGCCGAGGUCACGGCCCACCACCUAGGCACUCAGAAGAAGGAGGUCCAAGUAAAGGACACUUUCCCUUCCAUUGGUGGCAAAUUGGAUAUGUUCACCGACUUCCUCCACUAAAGAAAGAUGAAGCUCUCCCUCUUCCCGAAGCCAAUUUUCCCAGAAUCUCAUUGCCACACCCCCAUAAUCCCCUACUGCUAGAGAUUCAGGCCUUCCCCCAGUCAAAGUCUGAGUCAUGUCCAGGGGCGUUCAACAGUAAAUUUCCACAUAUCACAAAGUUUUUUGCAAAUGCAGUUCCAAAGUAAAAUCUAAUUUCCUUGAUGGGAAAACUGAAUCAUGUCCUGAAUUAGAAACAUAAAUAAAAUGUGACCAGUAAUGAAUGCAAAGUGACAAGUUAUUU